ACUCCCCAGAAAGCUUUGGAAUAGGUGUCAGUGUUGGAGCCUUAAACCGGUGUUCCCUGUCACUCAUUUCCAGCAUGCACUCGAGAGAAGUGUAAAUGUGCUUGGCUUGGCACAUCCAAACCCUCAGCUUUCUCAGGAGGGGAGGCUCCAAGGUGAGUGAGGACACCCUUUGGGAAGAUCCUGGCAUCCGAAGGAAGCUGUUGUGCUCCAGGGCAAUGUUGGAAGAGACUUAGUCUUCUGUUUUCAGCAUGUGCCCCCCCCCACACACACCCUGCUGUGGUAAAGAAGGAGCCAACUCCGGUGUCUGUGAGUGAGGUUUGCUUCUGCACUUCUACUGAUCUCUUAAACCAGCUUAAGAAAACAUUUCCCGUUCUGACCGAGUUGAAAAUACAAUUUCAGCUCAGGCAGGGACCUGGGGGAUCCAUAAGGUGUAUCUCACUCCCUCUUUUUCAUGUGUUUUUCCUUUCCGCAGAUCCUACUUUCAGCCUUCUGCCUUUUAAUGGGGUUGGUUUACCUCAUGUGAAGCAGUGAUUUAAUGAAAUAUCUGAGGAAUUGAAAGCAAACGCCAUAUUGCACAGGUGCAGCGUGUUCGUGUUUCUUCAGUCUGGGUUUUCACCCCAAACUCAGCACAGAUCAAAGCAGGUCACCUUGGGCAGUGAAUGUUCCCACCUGUGGGUAAGUUUUAGUGGUGGAGACCGAGUUAUGGGAUGCUACCAGGAGGAGCAGGAGAGACACCGAGCUCAACUGGAUGUGAAUGUGGGUGGGGGCUGAACCAUGGGCUGGGGGAUGUGCUAUGCUAAGGAGGGAGUCGUGGUGCUUGUGAAGCUGCUCCAUCCCACACUAAAAUCAGGUCUUUCUUUUGGUUACUAUUAGAGAAUUGGACCGGGAGUGGCUGUAAGGAUCAGCGUUCUUGGGGUAAAGAUCUGGUUGACGUCUCAUGCUGAGUGGCUGGGAGGUGUGAUUGACCAUCCUGUGUGGAAAGCUUGUUGCUGUGACGUAGAGGACAUGAGAUAAGAUUGCAACACAUUUUCUUCCUGUUAACUGAAAAAUGCUUCCUCUCAGCAUAAGUAGAGAAAGGAGAAAUGGAAUUAUUCCCUGCUGUCAGGCAUCCUACAUGAGAGUGCGUACCCUUUAAUGCUCAUCUGCCAUGUGGAGCCUGAGGGCUACAGCUCCGUUUUCUAUUUCUCUGGAGGCACAGUGCAGUUCAGGCAGGUUUUAUAGUCUCAGUGUCCCUGUUAUAGUUGGCCUGGAAGCAGAAGAAGCCAUUCUGAACCAAGCUGGGCAAUACCAUUUGCACUUACCAGUAUUCCUCCACUGGCUAAAGGUCCUAUGCAGGACUCCUAUCCAUGCUGGACUUUCAACAGCAAGAAUUGAUGUAUUUUCUUGCAGUCUGCAUGGCUGGUGGGUCUCUCCCUGCCCAGGGAGCUGUGUUGCUCCUCCUGUGUUCAUUUGCUUUCUGGAUCUGCUUCCCUUGAGACAGUUCCGUUGUAAAGGAAACCAGUAGUGCUGCUGGUGGGGGCUGCCUCGUGCGGAGGGAGUCAUCCUUCCUCAUGAGCUGCGUGUUUGUGUGGAUGAUGGUGACACGACUGAUGCAGUGGGUGGAUGUCCGGGAUGGACACGAUAAAUAGCACCCGUGGGAGAUGCCUGUCAGCAUUCUUAAAGGACGGAGCUCCUCUGGGGAAGGGUGAGAAGUUCUGGUUUCACGCAGCCGACGUCUCUACCAGAUUUGCUCCCAGGUAAACCAGGAGGGAAGCAGGAUGGUUUCUGCUGACACUGCUUGAAUCCUUUUGCUUUAAGCCAUGGACUUGGCUGGUCAUUUCUGAGCUCAGUGAGGGAUGAGAUUCCCCCAGGGAGAGGGCAGCAGUGGAGGGGGAGGAGAAGUCCCUGCAGCAGGCCUGAGGUGGGAGCAGCCCCCUGGGUGAGCUCCAGGGAAGGAGGAGGAGGUCUACAGAGGGGUGAUGGACUCAGUGCUGGGCCCUCCUGGCUCUGGUAGAACAACAGGAAGGGUGAGAGAUCUUGGGUUUGUUACCAAGGUGGGAAUGAUGGAAAGCAGGAAGGAGAUAGAGCCGCCUUGGAUGGAUGGGUGGUGGAGCUGGUGGUCUGCCUUGCAGCUCCCAGCUCCCAGCAGCAGUGCCCUCACAUUGGGUUGGAGCCCCAUUCCUCCAAAGGAGUGGGGCUGUGAUGCAGCUCUUCCCAUGGAAACAACCACGCAACACCCCACGGGUUCUGCUUCUGCAAAGCCAGAGCCGCCUCCUCCUCUCUUUUCCAUGCAGGUCGGUCAUGUGUGUAGGGAGAUGCAGCCGCAUUGUGGGCCCCUGCUUGCUGGUGCUGGGCAUGCUCUCCGUGCUGGCCAGCAUCCUGCUGCUCUUCCCUGGCGGGGCCUGGCAGUACCUGGUGGAUGGGCACAUCAGCAGGAGGGCAAAGAUCAUGCCGGGCACCUGGGGAGGCGGCGUCAUGGUGCUGCUGGCAGCUACCCACAUCACUGCUGUGGGAUGGCGAUGUGCCUGCUGCUCUGACUGCGGCACCCGUCGGAAUGCCUUCCUCUCCGUUGUCCUCUCCAAGCUGGCUCUCCUGGGCUCUGCCGCCUGCUUCUUUUUCUCGGGGCUGGGCCUGACCGACGGCCCCCUCUGCCUCUACAACACAACUGAACCCAGUAAUGGCCUCGUCUGGGACUACCCCUUCGUGGACACACCUGGCGACAGGGGCUUGGCGGAUUCCUACCUGUUCUACCCGAGCACCUGGAGCACCUGCCUGGAGCCGGUGGGCAUCGUGGCGUGGCACGUCACCUUCUUCUCCCUCCUGCUGCUUAUCAGUGCUGCUGAGAUGCUGCUAACCUUCCUGCAGAUCAUCAAUGGCUGCGCCGGGUGCCUCUGCGGCUUCUGCGAGGGGAAGGAGGCAGGGCUGUCCCGUGUGCCUGGAGUCAGGUGAGACCACGUGAGAGCAGACCGCUUCUGCUCAGCCCAUGUCUUCCAUUCCACAACACACCUGAGCCACGUAUGUAAAUAAAAGCCUAAUUUAUUUUUGUUAA